AUGUCUACUUCAGUAAUCAUUUUUAGUUUUUUAUGUGUUCUCUCAGUAAUUAAUGGUUAUGUGGUAUCCACAUCGGUAGGUGAUAUAAACGGGAAGUAUGAGGAAACGAUUUCGAAAGGAACUCCUCAUCACGCGUUUUUGGGAAUCCCUUACUCUCAACCUCCCAUCGGAUCAAAACGAUUUAAACCACCACGAAAGGUGAAAAAUUUUACUACGAUAUGGGACGCUACUUAUUAUAAAAGUAGUUGUGUACAAUUUCAUUGGGAAAAAACUCUUUCGUGGACGGGUGAAGAAGAUUGUUUGUUUUUAGAUAUUUUAACAACAGCGUUUUAUCAUAACGAAUCAAAUUUGGCUGUUAUGGUUUGGAUUCAUGGCGGGUUCUUUUUCCGUGGGGAUUCCCACAGUUCCAGUUAUAACCUCGAUUAUUUCGUUGAUGAACACAUCGUGAGCAUUAAAUUGAAUUAUCGAUUAGGAUUUUUGGGUUUUUACCACGGCAAGAAAAACAUUUUUGGAAAUAUGGGUAUUAAAGACCAAUUGAUGGCUUUAAAAUGGAUCAAAGAAAAUAUUAAAUAUUUCGGUGGUGAUCCGAAAAAAAUAACGAUUAUGGGCGAAAGCGCUGGAGCUACUUGUGUUUCUUACUUGAUUCAAACUCCUUUGAGUAAAGGGCUUUUUCAACGAGCCAUUAUGCAAAGUGGUAAUACAUUAACAGGGUGGGCAAUUGCAAGAAAAGCUGCAUCCAUCACGAAAAUUAUGUUAAAAUUAAAUAAGAUGUUGAUUAAGUUUCUCGAUAAUGUGUCUGAUAGAAUUUCAGGAUUUUUUUCGGUGAUUUUACCUGGUUUUAAAAUGGCUUUUGACACCGCUUUAGAUCCGCUGCAAGGUUUAUUAUAUGCACCAGUUAAAGAAAAAGAGAACCCAACAGCGAUUCAUUUGAAUGAUACCUAUAAGAUUUUAGAUAAAUGCGAAAAUGGGAGUUUUGUUCCGAUAAUGAUUGGUUUUAAUAAAAACGAAGGGAGGACGAUAACUGAUCAUAAUAUUGUUACUAAAUUUCUUUCGAUAGUUUUAAAUAAUAUAUAUUCUUUAUUUUCGUCGAGUUUGUUGCCUAAAGAUCUGAAAAAAUUAGCGAACUGUUCCCAUUUGGGAACAGAAAUUAAAGAGUACUAUAAAUUAUCGUCUUAUAAUGACACAGCUAAAGUAUUGAAUUAA